AUGCACCAACAAAUCAACCAUCGGCCGGCUGAGGUGGUGUCCGCUUGGUGGUCUGUCAUCUCUUUCAAGGCCGACGUCAGCUUCUUCUUUUUUCCACUCCUCUUCUCGGUCUGUCUUGACGGGCGGCACGGCGGCCACACCACUAUCGCGGCACAAGACCAAAAGAGGCACCGCAGCCAGGCUCCUACUCGACGAUCAUGCACAAUGACGAGCGACUCGAUUCCUAGUCGUAGCUCUCACGUUAGAUGGAACGCCCCUCCUCAGAUUCGAGAAGGAUGGUGUGGCUUACUCCAAGUUGAUCGCGCACAUCUGACGUCUUACAUGAACGGUCUUACUUGGAGCUUCUUCUUCAACACAGCAAUUCCUCUCAAACCCGCAGGAGCCAGGAGUAGUAGCAUCAUCAUCAUCAUCAUUAUCAUCAUCAUCAUCAUCAGGUUCAAACUUGCCUUCGAAGCAUUUGGGUCCAAUUUCUCGGCCAUAAUUCUACAGUGGAAGAAACGUAUUACGGAGUAUGGACCCGGGCCAGAGCAGUCAGAAGCAAGCAACAGCUGGAUUGACGACCACCCACAAUUUUCAUCGCAUUCCCGAAUCCCUUUAGCAGCUGUCUUUGUCAAUGAGUGA